AGGAGGAGGAGAGGAAGAAGAAGAGGCCUCGCAGCGGCCGGGGGCGCAUUGAGGACUAGCCGCUUGCGGGGCGACACCGGAUCCUUCCCGGCGAGCCAAGGCAAGGGGGCUGAGCACCCCCCCCCCCCAGACGGCAACAUGGCACCCCCAAGAGCUUCUCCUUCUCCGUGACCUGCCUUCCUGCCCCCACCAACCCCGCUGAAUCCGCCCCGGCCGCAAGAUGGCGCCGGCCCCCGCCUGCUCCCGGGACAUGCCAUGGAGGAGUCGCGCCCCGAGGACGCCGCGCUAGGGUUCCCACCCUGCCAGAGGAUGGGUCGGGGCAGCCAGGCCAGAGAGGCCUGCCCCCUGGAGGGCGAAGGGGCUGCCGUGGGGGGCCUCCUCCUGCUGGCACUCACCGGGCACCCGAAACGCCGCAGGGGGGGAGAGCAUGGAAGCGACAACGACGACCCUGCGGGCGAAGGGGCGGCCAAGCGGCAACGAGAAGCACCCCCGGACCCCCGGGCGUCCCCCUCGGGGCGCCUGGCGCUGGACUACGUGGUGCCCUGCAUGAACUUCUACGGGAUCUGCGUCAAGGACUCGUUCCUCGGGGAAGUUCUGGGCGCCCGGAUUCUGGCGGAGGUGGAGGGCCUCCACCGCAGCGGCAAGUUCCGCGACGGGCAGCUGGUCAGCCAGAGGGCGGUGGCCCCCCGCAGCAUCCGGGGGGAUCAGAUCGCCUGGGUGGAGGGCUGGGAGCCCGGGUGCCGAGCCAUCGGAGACCUCAUGGCGAACGUCGACCGGCUCAUGCUCCAGUGCGCCGGCAAGCUGGGCACCUACGACAUCCGCGGGCGGACCAAGGCCAUGGUGGCAUGUUACCCUGGCAACGGCAGGGGGUACCUCCGCCACGUGGACAACCCUCACGGAGACGGGCGCUGUGUCACUUGCAUCUAUUACCUAAACCGGCACUGGGACAGUAAGGUUCACGGCGGGAUCCUGCAGAUCUACCCCGAGGGGCGCUCGGUGGUGGCCAACAUCGAGCCCAUCUUUGACCGACUGCUCAUUUUCUGGUCUGACCGGCGCAACCCCCACGAAGUGAAGCCAGCCUACGCCACGAGGUACGCCAUCACCAUCUGGUAUUUCGACGCCAAGGAGCGGGCAGAAGCCAGAGGGAGGCACCAGCAGGCUCAGAAGAAGGGGGCAGAGCCCUCUCCCGAGGGGGCACAGGAAAACGGGCCGACCUGACGGACAGCCGGGCGUUGCCGCCGUGGGAUCCUGACCGCCAAAGACCCUCCGCUCUCUUUGGCCAUUUCAAGCUGCCUGUUGCCGCCUUUGCCGCUGCCUGUGUCUGCUGCCGCUGCUCCCCCCAACCCUGGCUGGCUGCAGCUAGAAGGUCUUUGACCACAGCCCAGGAGGAGAGGAAGAUGAUGAUGA